AUGGAUGACGUGGAUGAAAUUGAAUCUAUCCUUUACAUUGCGCGCGAAGUCUCUGUAUACAGGAUCCCACCUCUUAAAGCCAACGAGGGGUACAGGGCAAAUGAUUGGGGAGAUCUUGCUGCACCACUCUGGAAAGGCAGGCUUCGUAUUAUUGAGACCUCCAAAGGUGCUGCGCUGCACCUCGAGGACGCACAGACAGGCGAACUAUUUGCAAAGGCUGAGUAUGAUGUAGCCCGACCAUGUGUAGAGGCUGUUUUGGACUCCUCGCGCUACUUCGUUGUCCGCAUUGAAGACGCUGGCAAGAAGGCAUACAUUGGACUGGGAUUUGCGGAACGAUCAGAUAGUUUUGAUUUCAAUGUUGCCUUACAAGAUUACACCAAGCGUCGAAAGGCCCUGCUGAAUCCCGUAUCAAGCUCAGGGGAAACAUCUCCGCAUAUUCCUGCGGGUCCGAAGAAAGAUUACAGCCUGAAAGAAGGUCAGACAUUUUCGAUAUCGAUUCCAGGACGGGCCAAGCCAGCGGCUGCAGGGAACAGUCUUCUUGGUUCCGCUUCUUCAUCCUCCACCACCACUAGUAAUUCCGCCAUACCACUUCUCCCGCCACCUCCGAGUGCGUCCAAGCGGCGCUAA